UGUGCAGCGCAUCAGACGGGCUACAGACAGUAACUGUACAUCUACACCUUUAGGUGGACGUGUUAAACCGGCAACGCGAUGUAUAAACAUGAUACAGAUUAUAUAAAUAUAAACACGGCGUCUGUGAACGUGCUCAAAACAGCGUCUAUGAAUGCGCCUACGGACCGUGACGUCAUCAGUGCGCGCCGCUGGGGUUUCGUCGCUGGCCUCUGAAAUGGGCACUAAUCAUCAGCCCUGAUUUCACCGUUGAUUUACGCCACUGACUCACCAAAAGCCGAAAGCUCGACCGUAGGCAGCAUCAUGACAUGCCCGGGUAACGUGAUGGAAGAGCUGAACGAGAGGUUCCCAGAGGUGCCGUGUUUGUGGCUGUCAGGCCACGCCUCUCACUAACAUCGUCCACGUGUAAUCCAGAGCAGCAUGAAGCAAGCUCACGAGCGCAAUCAGGAGUGCCUCCCUCCGAAGAAGCGGGACCUUCCGGUUAGCAAUGCUUCCACUGUUCCUAACAACAACAGCAGCAGCAGCAGCAGUAAUACUGGAGGUGGAGGAGGAGGAGGAGAGGAAGCAGCGACGUCGUCGUCACAGAGCUCCGGAGCGAGCGGAGAACCUCAGGGUGGAAGUGGAGGCGGCGAAUGGGUCCGGACUCAACCUAACCUGCAUUUCGGAGUGGAGGGUCCAGAGAGCAUGGCCCAGGGAUUACCUGUGGAGCAGUAUAGCAUGCUGUAUAAAGUAGCCGUUCCGUCGGUCACCUACUCGCCCACCAGCCUUCACCCGGUGCUGGGCCACAUCUCUCCAGCCUACACGGUUCCCUCAACGCUCCUCCAGCACACAGGCAUUCAUUACCCUUCUCUCGGCUACGCUCCCAUCCCGCAGUUCGUCAGCCCAUCAUAUGCCACCGCAGUUCCCUAUGCAGUCCCCCCAGGGUUCGUCCCCAGCUCCUUGAUACCGGCUCAGUCUCACCUGGUGCCCUAUCCAUCCGUCAUCCAGGAAGGCGUGGUUUCGUCCCCGCCUCAGCAGCAAGUUUCCGCUCAUGCCUACGCCAAAGUAGCGGCUACAGGAGGCGUCCCGUUGGUGCUGGCGUCCGAGCAGGCAGUGGCCUCUUCGUCAUCCUCCUCGUCCUCCUCGCAGCAGGCUCUAGGCGCCAUCGGGAUGAUUCCGACGGCAGAGCGCGUCCCCGUGUUCUACCACACGUCGGCCAGCGAUCGAGUCACGCAGCCUCAAAGCGGCUCGAUGGAGCAGGACCGAGAGGUGAACGGAGGGAAUCGGGAAAACGGCAGGGACGUGGUUUACAUGGCGAGAAACGCGGUGGUGCGGCCGCAGCAGCAAGGCAUGGCGAUGACGAUGGAGAUGCAGAUGGACCGGAAGAUCUGCAGGCAGGAAGGAAGAGCAUCGCCUGGCCAGCGCAGCACACCGGACAUGGACCUGGAGGUCCAACAAGUGGUGGGGCGUCUGGCGUCGCCGGUCCGCGGCGCGAGUCGGAGAGAGGGAGCGCACGGCUCGUCUCAGAGCAGCAGAGAGGUUCAGGGGGAGAGUAGGACGGCGUACACGUCGCACCCCGGCAGCCAGCUGGACCCUCGAGCUCUGCUUCAUCCUCAGCACCCCGGUCAUACAGUGAUCCUGCCGAAUGGGCAGCCGCUUCUCCUGCCCCUGGACUACCAUCCUCUUCCUCAUCCUCAUCCCCAGCCUAAUAACGACACCGCAGCCGAAACGCCACAGCACAAAAUCUCAGAUGCCUCAGGCGUGGCCGAGCGCGUGCUGGCGACGGAGCUACCCGCCGUGCCAGCUGUCCCCGCCGUGCCUCCGCCCUCGCACUUCACCAAGGGCGCCAUCAUCCAGUUAGCAACGGGCGAGCUGAAGCGCGUAGAGGAUCUACAAACGCAGGAUUUUGUACGCAGCGCCGAAGCCAGCACGGGACUGAAGAUCGACUCGAGCAUGGUGGUGGACGUACGUGCUAGCUCCCAGAGGCCCGGUCUGGUCGCGCUACGCUUCGCCGUCGGCGAGCGCCAGAGCAAAGUGAGCAUCGACGUUCCUCCCGAGCACCCGUUCUUCGUCUUCGGUCAGGGCUGGUCAUCCUGCAGCCCAGAACGCACCGCGCAGCUCUACGGCCUCACCUGCCACCACCUCCAAGCGGGCGACGUCUGCGUAUCCAUCACACUUCAGCAGCAUUCGGCCCCGCACCAAAAGCCACCGUCGAUCUCCCAGCAGCCGCAGCAACCGACACACAGCAGGACUUCCGCCAAAGCCAACUCGACGUCAGGAGCGUCCUCCAGCCAACCAAUGGGACCUCCGGCGCCCCAGAUCCCGCGGCCAGCUCAGGGUCAGCUCAGGACGGAACGCGUUCACCGAGAGAGAGCCGACAAGGACGAGUCCUUAAAGCUGAGCGCCUCGGGACACGGAGACGUGCCCUCCAGACCCGACAGGACUUCGGCGGAGCACACGCGCAGCCAGAGCAGUUAUUAUUUGCACACCGAGGCCCACGGGCCCUCACAGAGGCGUUGGUCAACCCCCGGUUUCCAAAGAUACCCCGUCAAGAGGGAGGAGGGAGGCCUAUCCGCGCCGCCGGGCUCCUCUCGGCCCUCGUUCAUCCCUCAGGAGGUCAAACUAUCCAUCGAGGGGCGCUCCAACGCCGGGAAGUAGCAGCAGACGCAGGAAGAAGGACGCAAUGGCAAGAGGGGAGGAAAGUGUCAGAAAUGCGUGGGAAGAGAAAGAGAGAAUGUAGCCUAAGAAUGUUUUUUCUUUUAUUUUUCUUUUGAGAUUUUGCACACGAAAGAUUUUAUACACACACAUUGUUUUUUUUUUUAGGCAGCCCGAGAGCACUCGGGGUCGAGCUCGUAACGACGGCAAGACCGCCGACCAUCUGGACUAAACGCUCCAGCUGGUGUAUUAUCUACCAAAGCCUUUCACGCUCUGUAAUUCACUUACAGAUGAAAUAUCAUUAGUUACAACGUGUAUUGAAGAACGUAACCAGAGGGGAGGAAACCGGAUGCAGCCAUAGGAUCUUCACAAUUACGCCCGUUUUCCUCCCCGUAUAUAAAUAUAUAUAUAUAGAUAUAUUAAAUACACCCUGUACUUGAUGGAUAGUUUGGACUACCGAAAAUCUAAAAGAAAGGCUCUCUCUUUCUUUCUCUCUCUCUCUCUCUCUCUCUCUCUCUCUCUCUCCCCGAGUGUCGUCGCUUUACUUUACAGCCGCUCUCGCUUUUGACUCGGAAGUUUUGUUUUUCUUUUCACGGCACAUCGUCCUCACACGACUACACACCACCUUUCUUUUCCCUUUCCCUUCAGGGCCGGCGUUUUGUUUCUGUUCUCCCUUUCAUUUGUAGCUCGUGAACGAUCACUUCUUCCCGAAUCAAUCAAACAAAACGACCAACAAUCAAUAUUUAGGAACGGCGUUUAAAAAAAACAAACAAAAGCGUAUCGGGUCACGUCUACACUGUCCGCAGUAUCGUGCUCUGCCUGUCCCACAUGUUUUGUUUUGAUUCGUUUGUUUGUUUGAUUGUUUGUUUUUUCCUAUAUUAGUAUUAAGGGUUAAGAAUCAGCAUUCCAGCGUAUACAUUUUCCUUUUCGUGGAGACAGUGUUCGGUGUCGGGGGGGGGGGGGG